GGUACUUUCUCAAUUCUCAUCUAAUUUUUCUUCCUUUUUUCUCUGCUCCACUUUCCCUCCUUUUCCCCUCUUCAAUCUCAUCUCUCAAAAUUCCUUUUCUUUCUACCUUUCAUGUCCCUUCCACCAUAUUCAAUCUUCUUCAAUCCCCAUGAAUCUCUUCUAAAUUUUUUUGACCUCUAUUUUACUUCAAUUUUUCCUUUUUUUUUUUUCCUAUUCUUUGCUGCGAUUACCGCAAAGUAUCAGAUUCUUUUCACCUUCAAACUUCGUCAUCUCCUCCAUAAUUUCCCUCCUUCUACUGAUCUUUUCCCUCUGACAAUUCCGAUUUGAAGAUCCGUUUCUUAUUCCAGUAGUGGGUUUUUGUUUUUUUGUUUUUUUUUUAAUUAAAGUUUUAUUUUUGGAGGUGGGUUUGUGGGGAGUAGUACAUUAUCUCACUCUUCCCAAACGACAGAAGAGCUUUUUGCUCGUUUGGGGUUUGAGUUUUUGCUCACUUACUAAUUUCUAUUUGUUUCAUUCUGUAUCAUAUUUUGGGGUUCUAAGUGUGAUUUGAAGUAUUUUCGGUGGUUUGGAGUUGGAUUUUUGAGCUUUGAUUUUUUUUUCCUCGAAGCUUGAAAGUUUGAUUGGAAGUUGGUGGAUCUGAGAUGGUUCCAGGAGAUUGAAAUCGUUUCAAGGAUAUUGGGAUUGAGGAUUGGUAGUUGAACUGUUACUGUAGGGUUAGUAUUUGGAGUUUGCUGGUUUUGGUGGAUUGUGUUAGCUGAGGUAAUAAAAAGGUGAACUGGGAUUGCUUUGAUUCUGUUCAAGCUAAAUCAUGGAGCAUGUAAUUGGUGGGAAGUUUAAGUUGGGCCGGAAGAUUGGAAGCGGAUCCUUCGGUGAACUGUAUUUGGGUACUAAUGUGCAAACUGAGGAGGAAGUGGCUGUUAAGCUGGAGUCUGUGAAAACCAAGCAUCCUCAGCUUCACUACGAAUCAAAACUGUAUAUGCUUCUUCAAGGAGGAACUGGUAUUCCUCAUCUCAAAUGGUUUGGAGUUGAGGGUGAGUAUAAUGUUAUGGUUAUUGACCUCCUUGGACCGAGCCUUGAAGAUCUGUUCAACUACUGUAAUCGGAAACUAUCUUUGAAAACAGUAUUAAUGCUUGCUGAUCAGCUAAUAAACAGAGUUGAGUACAUGCACUCACGGGGGUUCCUUCACCGUGACAUAAAGCCUGACAACUUUCUAAUGGGGUUGGGGCGGAAGGCUAACCAGGUCUAUAUUAUCGAUUAUGGUCUUGGAAAAAAGUAUCGGGAUCUUCAAACACACAAGCAUAUACCAUACAGAGAAAAUAAGAAUCUCACAGGAACAGCUCGCUAUGCUAGCAUUAAUACUCACCUUGGAGUUGAGCAAAGCAGAAGAGAUGAUCUCGAAUCUCUUGGUUAUGUGCUUAUGUAUUUUCUCAGAGGAAGUCUUCCUUGGCAGGGUUUGAGAGCAGGGACCAAAAAGCAAAAAUAUGAUAAGAUUAGUGAAAAGAAAAUGCUCACUCCAAUUGAGGUCCUCUGCAAAUCUUAUCCUACAGAAUUUACAUCUUACUUCCACUAUUGCCGAGCCCUAAGAUUUGAAGACAAACCAGAUUAUUCCUAUCUGAAGAGGCUUUUCCGUGAUCUUUUCAUUAGAGAAGGUUACCAAUUUGACUACGUAUUCGACUGGACUAUAUUGAAAUAUCCACAGAUUGGCUCCAGUUCUAGGACACGACCAACUGGGAAAGCAGCUAUAACCCCUGGACCAUCUGCAGAAAGAGUGGAGAGGCCUUUAGUGGGACAAGAUCUGCGAGACAAAUUUUCUGGUCCAGUGGAGGCUUUUGCUAGAAGGAAUGGCACUGGCAUUGGUCUAAACAGUGAUCAUUCUAGACAUAGAUCUUCUGAUGACGUGCCUUCUUCCAAGGAUGUGUUUUUCUCUUCCUCCUCCAAUGUUGCAGCAACCGGAUGCAGAACGAGCACGGAGUUCUUCUCGGCAAGGGAGUGCUUCUAAGAGACCUAUUUUGUCGAGCAGUCGGCCUAGCUCCUCUGGGGAGCCAAGCGAACUCCGCUCAAGCCGGCUUUUUUCAAGCAGCAGCCGUCUGUCUGGUUCUACACAAAGAAUUCAACCUGGGGUUGAGUCAAAAUCAUCCUUUCUGCGUUCUUCUGCUACAAAAGGAAGCCGUGAUGAUGCACUUCGAAGCUUUGAACUAUUAACAAUUGGCACAGGAAAGAAGAAAUAAGAACUGAUCGAUCGUCGGGGGUGAACUGUUUUUUUCUCUGUAGUUACUGUUGGAAUUCAUCAUUCUGAUGACGUUUUUAAACAUCUGUAUGGUGUCUCUUCAUGUUCAUCAUCAGAUUCCGUCCCAGGUAUGGAAGUUAAACUCUCCCCUUCCCCCGCCCCCGCCCUACCCCACUCGGGUAUGUAUAUGUUCCUCUCAUCAGAGGUUCAUAUGAUUAAUUAUAAACCUUUUUUCAGACUCGUCAAAGAGAGAAAUUAACAAAGCUCUCGGGAAAUUGUUAAUACACUUGAGGCUGCUGUAACUAAUAAAUACUUUUCUCGUAUUCAUUCUUUCAUGGUAAAGGGCUUUGACACCAACCAACCGGAAAAAGUCUUAAUUGCCUCUGUGGCCAUAAUUCUGCUAGAUGAAGCAAGGGAUAGAGAUGACUCCUGCCAGACCUUUUGGAUGAAUAGAAAGAGAAGUCAGCUUUAUUGUUAUUGUCGUCUCUGUUGCUAUUUUUUUCUUUAUAAAGAUCUGAUUUUACAAUUACUCUUAACUUUCCCUUUCAAAUCAUGUCUGCAAUGGAAGAGUGAUAUUUACCUUUA